GCACGUGAAGGCAGCAUCGCUCUGAUUCAGUCAAGCACGCGGCCAUUCACAGUUUGGUCUCUUCGAUGACUCUGUGUGACUAGCCGGCGCGCGUCUUCCUCGCCAUUUAGACACAUUUAGAACUUUGGGUCGAAGCCGUGGAUUUUUACAGACGAGUUAAAAUCCAGGUUGAGUGUGCGAAACGAUGCUGAUGAAGUUGGAAAGUAAUGAGCGAGGAUGAAGCUGCCGGGAAGCCCGCUUUGUUCGGAGGAGCGCAAGGCUUUUGUGCCUCUGUCAUCCCGCAGCUCAUCCCCUGCUGCUUUGUCUUCACUUGGCCCUCUGAUACCGACCGUGACCGUCAGUGUGGUUUGUCAGUAUUGGACUGUGACCAGCAGCAGCAGGUCAGCACCAUGAGUCUGUACGGGGCUGGUGCCGGUAGCGGUGCCGUCGGUGGAGCAAGAGAAAGAGGAGGAGCAGAACAUUACCGGGAGCAACAGCGGCGUUCCAGCGACCGCUCACGUGACUCCUCCCAUGAGAGAGGAGAGAGUCAGCUGACGCCCUGCAUCAGGAAUGUCACUUCUCCUACUCGGCAGCAUGACCGUGAACGUGGCGAUGGAGGCUCAUCCUCCAGAUCUUCCAGUCCACGUCCUCGCAGAGUUUCUAUUCCGUAUUCCCACGUUGGAGGGGCCCUGAUUGGGGGACACAUACCUCGGCCCCUGGGUCCUCCUGGAGCAGACCACCACUUGAAGACACUGGGCCCUGGACUGUCCGAUAUGAUCUACGUGUAUGACCUCAGCAGUAAAGAGGGGCAUCGCAGUGGAGUGAGGCUGGGAGAGAGAGUAACGCUUAUUGUGGAUAAUACAAGAUUUGUUGUGGAUCCUGCCAUCUUCACAGCUCAACCAAACACCAUGCUGGGCAGGAUGUUUGGUUCUGGGCGGGACAACAACUUUACGCAACCCAAUGAAAAAGGGGAGUUUGAGGUGGCCGAUGGCAUCAGCUCCACUGUCUUCAGAGCCAUUCUGGAUUACUACAAGUCGGGGAUAAUCCGCUGCCCUGACGGCGUUUCCAUUCCCGAGCUGAGGGAGGCAUGUGACUACCUCUGUAUCUCCUUCAACUACAACACCAUCAAGUGCAGAGACCUCAGCGCCCUAAUGCACGAGCUGUCUAAUGAUGGGGCCCGGCGUCAGUUUGAGUGUUACCUGGAGGAGAUGGUGUUGCCGCUGAUGGUGGCCAGCGCUCACAGCGGAGAGAGGGAGUGUCACGUGGUGGUGCUGACUGAUGACGAUGUGGUGGAUUGGGAUGAAGAGUACCCUCCACAGAUGGGAGAGGAGUACUCACAGAUCAUCUACAGCACCAAACUGUACCGCUUCUUCAAGUACAUAGAGAACAGAGAUGUGGCCAAGUCAGUGUUGAAGGACAGAGGACUGAAAAAGAUCCGGCUGGGAAUAGAAGGCUACCCAACCUAUAAAGAGAAGGUGAAGCGGCGUCCUGGAGGUCGUCCAGAGGUCAUCUACAACUACGUGCAGCGUCCCUUCAUCCGUAUGUCCUGGGAGAAGGAGGAAGGGAAGAGCCGCCAUGUGGACUUUCAGUGUGUCAAGUCCAAGUCCACCACCAACCUGGCUGCGGCGGCUGCAGACAUUCCCCAGGACCAGCUGGUGGUCAUGCACCCUCCAGGGCCACAGGUGGACGAGCUGGACACUCUGCCACAGCCACCGAGGGUCAACAACCCCCAUCAGCUGGGGCUCGGACAGGGACCGGAGAACAAUGCGGGUCCCCAGCUAUUGCAAGGCUACGAGGGCCCAAACCAGCAGGCUCAGGACACUACGCACAGCCUGUCCCACGGCAACCAGCAGCAUGGCGGCAGCUACACUCAGGCCACAUACCAUUACGAGCCGGACCCAGACACACCGUCACCCUCUGCAUGAGACUGGCUGCACACACCCUCCCUCCACUGUUGUGUUCACGCUAACAGCAAC